ACUCACUUUACCUCAUCUUCAGCAAGAAACAUCUUAAAACACAAACCGUGUCCCAUCACCCUCACAGGACUUCAGCAUCAGGCAAUAUGAGUGUGUUGCUGUUUGGUGUGGAGAGCUCAGGAUUUGCCCAGAUGGGACGACCCCCAGUUGACUACAAUGACAACUUUUAUGCCCGUGCUAAACGUGUUGGAAAUCUGAAAGGCUUCUCCCACAUCCUGUUCAGUCCGACUGGGAUAAUGUUUGCAGUCCGUAAUGCAGACAUCUAUGCAGGGUCUCCUCCAGUGAAUCCGGAUGAAGACUGGCUGACAACUACAGCAAAGUGUGUUGGCAAAGGAGAAUGGGAUCAGUUUCACUCCCUCUUCUUCCAUCCAGAAGGCAGCCUCUAUGCUGUGACAAAAAGUGGGGAAUUUUACAAGGGUCCCCCUCCCGAGAAUGAGUACGUGUCCUGGAGGUACAGGGUUGCUACUAAGAUAGGAACUGGAGGAUGGCUUUUCCCUUCUCUGUUCUUUGACCCUGAGGGUAUCCUGUAUGCUGUGACAUCACAAGGGAAGCUGGUUAAAGGAAGACCUCCAAGUCACAUGAAUCAAGACUGGAUCAGUAAUGCCGAACUUGUUGGAACUGGAGGCUGGGCAGAACUUACCCAUUUCAUGGCCUUCUCUCCUGAUGGCAAUCUGUGGUGUGUCUCCAAGGAUGAAGGGAAGAUCUACUCUGCCCCACCGCCAGAGUUUGCCACUGAUAACUGGAUUGGAAGAGCCCAGAAACUUGGCUUUAAUUACAAUUGCUACCAGAUACUCGCCUUUGUGCAAGACAUCUGUCUGUAAUUUUAAAAUUAAUUUUUAUGGGAAAAACUGCCCAAGUCUUAAUAUGCCACAUUAUCUACUGGACAUAUAUUCAGUUGAUUCAUUAAUCAUUUCCUUGUCAUCUUCUAAAUAUUUCCAUUAGUUUUCUAUGAGGCACUUCAUCCUUGACUUUUAUUAUUUAGUUUAGCUUUCAUUGUAAUCACGUUUUCCAUUUUUCUUGGUCUUUAUUAUCCUUGACAAAAGGAAAUUCUUUCUUGGGAGUUACAUAUUUGAGAAAAAAAAAUUGUUUGGAAUUACAUUUUUAAAGUGGUGAUUUUAGAUUUUUUUUUUUCUGUCGACUUCUAAAGUUCAUGUAUAUAAAGUAUCUACUGUAUAUACAGCUGGUAGACAUUGUGGAUCAUGUUCCUCUAUAUAACUUGGCUUUAGUACUAACAAACUGUACCUCUCAUCUUGAUACAGUGAUGAGGUGGACAUAGAUGGUUUGGUAUUGAUGACUGAUUGGCAUGGAGCAUUGACAUGAGUAAGGAGUUUGGAAGCUGCCCAGUCAUGUGGUUGAAGCUGAUACACUUGCUUCUUUCAGGAAACAGCUGGAUGAGAUCUUGGGAUUAAUUAACUAACAAAGGAUCUUGCUGGACUGAAAGGUCUCAUCUCAUUUGUAACCUUACUUACUGUAUGUUCCCAUGUUGGAAUAGAUCAUCCUUAUAUGAAGAUAUAGGGCAAAUAUUGUUAAUAAUUAUGAUUGUUUAAAAGAUGAGAUUACUAGAUUUUACAGCUGGUUAUUUAUGAAACCUUCAUGUUAUGUUUGGUAUUUCCUGCAGUUCAGUUCUGUAUUAGAAUAUAUGCUUCACAUACUCCAUUCCUACUACUUUUUACAAAAUACACUAUAACUUCUUGUGACUUUCAUUGGUCUGUCUGUCCAAUAAAUAUAAUUUCCAUUAUAUACAGAUAAUUAUUUCAGAUAUGGAGCAGAGACAGAUUGGGGGUAGACAGAGCUUAUUCAAUGCUGUACCUGACCCUUUGAUAUCAGCGUUGGACUUAUUCAUAAAACUCACUAUAAGGUGAACCAACUAAAAUGAUUAAAUUCUUCAUCAUGUUAAGUGUCUAAUAUAUAAUAUCUAAUAAAUAAAACUUCAUAAAUUCAGCAGCUUUGAGAACAUGGCUGGGUAGCUUGUUCCAGAUCCCACAGUUCAUUUUAUAGAAAGUAUCUCCAGUUCUCACUCUCAGUGCAUUUACCCAUCAUGUUCCCCUCUCUGCAACUCUCCUACUCCUUUUUACUCCGUUUAGUCUCUGUACUCUUUUCCCAUGAUAGUAUCUAUUACUUCUCUUCACACUACAAAUUCACCAAAAAAUGUUCAACGUUCUUCCUUCUCCACAAUGGACUCUACAUAGAUCACUGCCACUGAUAACAUGUUAAAAUAGUUUUUCCCCAAUGUCUUGGUAAUUCCAUUUCCAAAAUGGCAGUAUGCUUUGCUGUUUUGUCUCUGAAGGUUAUAGAAUCAUCUACCUUGAGUGCCACAGCGAACCCUGGGAAGUCAGUGAGAUUCAAGGCUGUUGUUCAGAAGGGAACCCUGGAUGUUCCUUAUACAGCAAAGGUAACCAUAGUCUUUGGAUAUGAGACGGUUAUUACUGGAAGAUGAAUUGGUGCUUCAGUCUCCAGAGUCGGAAUAAAGGAAAAAAUCAUAGCCCUCAAAAAGUAGAAGAGUAUUUUUCAGAAUACAUUACGGGUAAUUGCUAAAAAUUAUGCAAUUAAUGCUUUGGGCUUUUCAUACUCUGCUCUUUUGCAGCGUACCAUUUAUGACAUGUAUUGAAUUCUUUCUUUUGGAUGCUUAAUCUGACUCUGAUAUAUAUUGUAUUUCAGCAGCAUCAAUAAAAUAUUUGGCUGGUUUGUUAUCA